AGUGCUCGAUGAGACUUUUACGCGCGUGGUCGUGUGUCUCUUUGAGCUCUAGCCAUCUCGCUCAAACGUACACGCGCGAGAUAACGUUCUCCUUCCAAAGAAUAUAAACGCGAUUCUCGCGUUAUAUCGAUAAACACAAAGUUAAAAGAACUUAUCGUCAAUAAACUAAUUUAAGAUGAAGUGCUUCGUAUUUUUAUUAUUUGUGUGUUUCAACUUGUAUGUGGUGUCUUGUAAAAAUACCGCCGAAGGUGGUAGACACUAUGCCGCGGCCGGGUCUUCAACGUUAUUGUUGAGUAGACAGAAACGUAAUAGCAAUAGUGGUCAGCAAACACAGCAAAGUGCCCAUUUCGCUGAUAAAAACUGUAGUAAAAUUCGGGAAAGUUUUCCGUUUUUAGAUCAGGUCGAUGUUAUUAAAACUAACACUAAAGGAAGUUUUUGUAACGGAGAUUGUUGCGGACAGGAAGCAGAAUCUUUAUUGAGAAAACACGGACAGAAAGAGCUUGCGAAGAUACUAAAAAGCUAUUCGAGAAGUUUACAAGGAUCUCUAUCGACCAUUUCAACGGCACUUCAAAAUUACAUCAAUGAAGUAGCAUAUCAAUCAGAAAAUUUAACGCAAGCUUUCGCUCAUCAAAUGUAUAAUUCAGUAGCAAAGGAUUCGAUAUCAAACUUUUAUCAAGAUAUAAGAAAUUAUAUCGAAAUCGGAAACUCCGAUGAAGUUUUCGAGGCGUCCCCCAUCGAUAUUAAAGCUUCCGUUUCAACAUUUUUCGAGAGCUUGUUUCCUAUAGCUUACAAACAAGCACUCGAUUUACGUGACCUCACCUUCGAGUACAAGUCGUGCCUGAAGAAGUACUACAACGAGUUGCAGCCGUUUGGUGAAACACCGCGACAAAUGGGCCAAACCCUAUCAAAAAGCUUAGAAUCGACGCGACUAUUAUUUCAAGCUUUAGAAAUGGGUAUAGGGGUGCUUAAUUCGAGUGAUUCGUUUAUGGACGAAACGAAUAAGGAUAACACAGAAUGUUACGACGCUUUACUUAAAAUGACUUAUUGUCCAAAAUGUCAGGGUUUAUCGAGUUAUAAACCUUGUUCUGGUUAUUGUUUAAACGUUUUAAGAGGUUGUUUAAGCCAUUAUGUUGUCGAAUUAGAUGCUCCUUGGAAUAGCUACGUUGAAGGAAUCGAAAGACUUAUGACUUCUAUGAAACAAUUUAAUAACGAAGCUAUGGUUAAUGCUGGAAUGGUUAUUAAACUUAUUGAUACGAAAUUACCCGAUGCUGUUAUGUAUCUUUUGAAGAAAAUUAAGGAUUUAGAUACCAGGGUGAAGAGGAAUUGCGGUCCGCUAAAGUUCGCAGAAAAAGAGUACCCAUUGUUGUCCGAUGGUAGUGCGGAAGUUGGCGAAAACGGAGGUGGUGGAACGGGAGGCGGAAAGCAAAGGAUGUCGAGCAGCAGAAACUUCUCUCAGUUACCGGUCGCCCAAAUCAAUAACUUCCUAACGUCGAUCGCACAAAGUAAGAAUUUCUACGACAACUUGGCUGAGAAUUUGUGUAAAGAGGACUUUGCGGAAACCAGAGAUAAGAAAUGUUGGAAUGGUGAACGAAUUGGAGAAUACACCAAAACUGUUGUUGAUGCUAAUUUGGGAAUGGAGAAAUAUAAUCCUGAAGUUAAACCAAGAAUGGACAUAACUGAUCCUCGAAUUGCAGCUUUAGCUGAUAAAUUACGUCAUGUUCAUCAGACUGUAAUAUCAUCAUUGGGUGGUGUAAAUUUACCUGAAGCAGACAAUUAUGUUCAACAACAAGGUGAUGAUCCGGAUGGUGGGUCUGGUUCUGGGUAUGGAGGUAUUGAUGAAGAAAAUGAAACAGUCUACUCAGGCUCAGGUGACGGUCCAAGCACUGAAAAAGGAAAUGGAAAUAGAAAAGGUGAAACCCCUGAAUAUGGACGUCCUGAUACAACAACGGCUCGUACACCAUCUAGUAGUAACACAACUACGUUUAAACCUCCACUGAUACUUCUUUUUAUAUUAUUAUUAUUACAACAUGCGAAUAUCGAAUAAACGAAAAUAAACAAAAAAAUGAGAGAGGAAAGAAACGUUCCCGUGAGUGAUAACUAAAAUUUAAAAGUAAAUGUGUGUGUUUCGUGUCAAAACUAUAAAUCUCCGAACUGAAUAGAAAUGUAUAAAAAUAUAACGCUACCUACUUAUUAAGAGGAUGUAAAUGAAAACGGUUAAAUGAAAGUUAAAGGAAAGAUUUGCAUGAAAAAAAUAUUAUAGGGAUAAAAAUCCUUAAAUAAAAAAAAAUAUAUUGAUAUGAUUAUUAUGAUUAAUGAUGUAUAGGUAACCCAAAUGAUAUAUCAUAUAAAUUAUUUAAUGAUAUUGAUUGUAAUAAUAUCAGCUUAUUUUAAUUUUAUUACAUAAAUUUGAUUUUUUUAUAAUAAAAAGAUAGUUAAACAUUUCAUAUAUUAUUUAGGUUGCUUAUACAUUGAUAAUCAUCAAUACAUCAACAUCUUUUUUUCAAUAAUUACCUAAAAAUCUAUACAAAACAGAUUUUUUCGCAAGGAAAUGAUAAUAAAAAGGCUUCCGUAAGUUUUUUGCAAAUUGUGAGUGAUAAAAAAGAAACGUGUUAAACUUGAAAAAUUGUUUAUUUGUUAACUUUAAUCAGCUUUAGAAAAAACUUGGCGCAACUAUUGGCAACUAUUUUUUACAAAUUGUACUCUUGUAAUAAUCUAAUCUAAUGCUUAAUUGAUAAUUUAUAAAGUAAAGAAAAAAAAUUGUGUGAAUCAUCAUUAAAAAA